CUCCGAAUUAGUUUCAGUUUCAAGUCUUUUUGAUUGGAAACUGCACCAGGGGGCGAAUGGCGUUUCAUUGCCGUCUCUAAAGCACCAUUUAGACUUGAAUAGAAAAGAAUAGCAGGAGUCUACGGGGAGAAAUUGUGAAAAUGUGGCUAAUUGGAUAGCUCUUUCAAAGAGCUAGCGCAGAAACGGAACUGAAGCAUAUGAUUACCACUGCACAAAUCAAAUCUCCAGAACCAUAAUGGAGGCGUUAUUAAAGCUACAAUUGGAAGAUUGGGAUGAAAAUCAUGUGCGAACCUGGCUGCAAUAUAUUCGGGUCAAGGAUAAACACGUACAAACGUUGUAUAAAGAGCAAGUCACCGGUGCAGUGCUACAGGUGAUAAACAAAGAGGAACUUAAAGACUUGGAUGUAAAACGUGGUCAGAUACUACUGAUUUUGAAAAAAAGGGAUGAACUAUUGGCUAGUCAGAGAUCAGAACUGGCUCAGUGCGGCACAAGUGAAGUAAGAAAGCAAGGAAAAGCUUCUUUAACACAAGAUAGUCAGAAAGACGCUCCCAGUCAAAGAUUACAGACAGAGCCUCUGCCAAGUGAAAGGAAGUUGAAAAGUCAGGAUCAUAUUGCUGCAUUAGCAUCAGAUACGCUGGAGACUUCUGCUGACUCACAACACAUGAGUACAAUUGAAGAAAGUGUGAAAGAAAAUAAUCCUCAGAUUCGAUGCAAGCCUCACCCAUUUGACAAAGAUGAUAUCAACCUUAAAUAUGUAAGAAACCAAGUUCUUCCUCCAGAAACUGGGGUUAUAAAUUUAAUUUGCCCCUGUCAUGAAUAUAAAUCACUUGCCAAAGCUGUAACACUAAACAGACAACGGCUCCAAGUAAAAUUUGCUCAUGAAGUUAUCAAAUUUGCCUCUGGAUGCAUGAAUGUUCGAACUAAUGGUACAAUACAUUUUGGGAUUGAGGAUAGCAAUGGAAAUUCAGUGUACACACAUGGUGAAAUAAUAGGUGUACCUGUCGAAGAUCACAGCAUCUAUGUUGAUGCAUUGGAUUACAUAGAGAAAUGCUUCCCACGGUAUGGUGAGGAUGCAAGACUUUGCAUUCGGCCACCCAAAUUUGUGGAAGUGAUCAGCAGAGAUGGAACUGAAGGAAGAUUUGUUAUCGAGAUUGAUGUGAACUCAUCAAUAAAGACUGUGAAAACCAAAAUUUAUAGAGUUCGUCUUCCAAAUUUUAGUGAAAAGAAAAAUAAAGUAGAAUAUGAGAAAGUAACCAUCUACAGAAGAAAUGGAGCAAAAACUGAACCCAUUUGUGAGGAAGAUCAGGAUGAAUUUAUUUCAGGUAUGCAAGAGAGAGACACAAGAAGGGAAGCAGCAGAAAACUCAGAGGAGCAAGGCAACAGAAUCUGUGAGGAUCUAGGAAGAAAAUUAUCAGUACUUCUAACCGGUGGGAAGAAAUACAUGGAUAACAGCCAGUGGUACCUAAUUGUUAUAAACAAAUGUAAACCAGAAGAUUUACAGAAGUUAAACUUCCUAAUACAUAUGAAUAUUUUUUGUGUGUUUGACUUUGAUCCUGAUUCUAAGACCAGUGGCUUCUUUGAGUACUACCUAAAACAUCACACAGCCAAUGUUCACUUCUUACAAGAUUACAGAUGUGAAGACAAAGAGAACAUGAACGACUUCAGGAAACAUUUGUGCUUAUUUGAUCAAACCAGCUGGAUAUUCUGCAAUGGGUGCAAUGAUUAUGAUGGUGAUGAAAGACCAAGUGAUGUGAGUACCUGGGUAAAGAGCAAAAAAAAGCACCUGAAGAGGACAGUCUCCCUGAUCUGCAAUGAAAUUCUACCAGCUGGUUCCUUUGUUGUACUUUUCCUCCUUUUGUCACCAGUAGAACAGCCUCUGGUGGACACAUUCCACGAAUUCUAUGCAGAAAUGAAUGGCAGAAAUGACAUCAUUUGUAUUGCAGAGUGUGCCGACAACUAUCGGAAAUGGGCCAAUCUUGCACAGCCUUCCUGCAACAUUGAGACUAUUGACAAGAUGAGCAUUGUUGGGAUGAAACUAAACCAUGUAAAUGACACAAUCCAAACAAUGCUCCCAACGUUAACUGACCGUGACAGAUAUUUACCAGUGUCAACAAGGGGACUGUGUUUACUCAAAACUGCAGAUGAAGAAAGAAUGUUCACACUCGAAAUACUGAGUGUCGAUCAGUGUGAAGAUUAUAAAAUUGAUCCUCAGGACCCAGAACAAAUCACCAAAAUUGAGAGAGACUUUUACCGGGGUGGUAAAGUCAGCUGGCUACAUUUCAUGCUAGCAGAGAGAGGGUUUUGUGAACAGGUAAUACAGCGAGAUGCUUACAAAGAUGUUAUUAAAAUUGUCAAUGGGAUGCUAAAGAGUUCAUCAGAGAAGCAGUUAGUUGCCACAGUAUAUGUAUUUCAUCAUCCUGGCAGUGGAGGAAGCACCCUAGCACGACAGGUUUUGUGGAAUUAUCGAAAGGAUCUGCGAUGUGCAACUGUUAAGCCAUCGUGUGCUAUUGGCAAAAUCUGUGAACAUGCUAUCCAGUUGCUUGAAUAUGAAGAGAGUGAUUUCAAUCAAUGCUUACCGGUAUUACUACUUGUUGAGGAUGCCGAUGAAGAUUACUUUGAUGAAAUUAAGCAUGAAUUAAUAGCUGCAAUUGGCUGUAAGGCAGUCAAUAUUGUGAGGCCUCUCUUCAUAAUUUUGAACUGUAGGAGAUCCAAUAAUCCUGAAAAACAGUGUAAAAACAUCCCACUGGAAGCAGUAGCUGUUACCCACAAAUUAACAAAGGAAGAGAAGAGAGUGUUUUCUAACAAGCGUAAAAAACUUGAGGAACACUUUGAACCAGAGUUUAUAUUGACAUUUGUUCUAAUGAGUGAGGAGUUUUCAGAAGAGUACAUCCGGGACUUCGUGAAACAUUUACUAGAAGGCAUUGACCGCUCUCAUCUUGUCACGCGACUGAUAAAGUAUGUUGCUUUGCUGAAUCAUUAUGUGGGGAAUUCAAACAUUUCACUGUCUCAUUGUGAAACAUUUUUGUGUCUUGGUAUUCAAAUAGAUCACUUGCGCCAGCAAAGCUUUGAAAUCUCUUUGAAUGAUCAGGCACGCCUUUUGUUCAUACACUUCAGAGACUGCACCACUGAGAUUAGAUCAAUCCGAAUUGUGCACCCACUUGUUGCAAAAGAAAUACUGUAUCAUUUAUCAGAUCAGCCUCUGAGUCAAAUUGCGAUGGACCUUCUUCAGGAAAAGGCAUUUCUUAAACACCGAUUUGCUCGUGAUGAGUUAAUUAAGUUUAUUAGAGACUUGUUCAUACGACGUCACAAAAGGAGCAAAGGUGAUAGUACAGAUACCAUUUUUUCUCCUCUCAUUGAAGAUAUACGCAAUGAGGAGCAAGCUUCAGAAAAGGCUGUGGAAGUUUUGACAGCAGCUUAUGAAUACUUUAGGAAAGAUCCACAUUUUGCACAGCAGCUUGCUCGACUGCAUUACAAGGACAAAAAUUUUGCUGAUGCUAUAAAGUGGGCUGAAGAUGCAAAACGUCAGCUGCCAUUUAAUUCUUACAUUUUGGACACAGAAGGACAAGUGUACAGAAAAAAGCUUAAUGUACUGUUUGAUCUAACACACUUACGAGCUGAAGAGGUUACUCCUGACAAACUUACAGAAGCAAUAAAAAUAGCUCUCAAGGCAAUUGAAUGUUUCAGGGCUGCUCAGAAGGCUGCACAGUCAGAGGCAGAUUCUAUGAAUAAUGCUGGCUUUGUUGGUGAAGUAGAGGUUGGAUGUCAUUUAUUGCAACUUCUUUCACUACUGCACAUCUUUGAAAAAGAUAAAGAUGGCAGCUACACAAAACUGACAGAGUAUCUUCUGGGUAAAGAUAUUCCUGAAGAAAUUAAAGAGCCUUGGAAAAAUUUCCAUGGUAAAUUGAAAGGCCUGCAAAAAGGAAUACAUGAGGCACUUGAAUGGAUAUCUGAAGAUUCAAGCUAUUUUCAAACCAACAAAUGUGAAGAUGAAACCAGUAAUACAGAGGACCCUGCACACAACCCUAGGAAAUGGCUAAUAAAGAAAACAAAAAUAUAUGCACGUUAUUUCACUCUUUCAGAACAGGAAGAGCAAAACUUAAAACAGAGUUCCAGCUCUUUGUCCUCACUGGUUAGACAGCUACAAAUUUACAGAUAUGGCGGAGGAAACAUUACAGCAAUUUUUUCACUGUUGUCUGACCAAAAGACUGAUCGUGCUGUAGAAAAAUUAGAGAAAAUAAUCUCCCUGUAUCCUGAAGACCAUCAGAAAGAGAAACUAGACCUGGUUGAUCUUGUCAGCUUCACACUUAGUCACAUUGCACUAGCUUGUGUGGCACCAAGGUCUUCAAAGCUGCUAACAUAUCAGAAACUGAGGGAACUUAGCCUGCAGUUUUCGAAAACUAAAUACAACAAUUCAAGUGCCUGUUUUUUACUCACUCUAUUGUAUUGGCCUGAUGAAGCUUAUGACCAGGAACCUAAUGAAGCCAAAGGUAGAAUCUUAAAUACAGCACUUGAAACAAUGAAAAGACUGCAUGACAUCAAAAUGAAGAACUUGCCUUCCAGAAAAAUGCAGAUCUAUACGCAUUUUUUCUUGGGAAACGGACAUGGGUUUGACAAAAUUGUUCAUAAAAGUUUACUUGAAAAGUUAACUGAUAGCCGCCUAAAUGAAAGAAGACUGAAGUGGCUUAAAGGAGAUGUGUGGAAGAACCCCAAGGUCACCCAAAAGUUGAAGCGGGUGAAAGGCUGGACAGAAAAUGGAUCCAUAUUCGUACGUGGUCACUGGAAGCAGAACAAGAUCAAAAUCUUGCCGUUGCAUUUUCCAUCAAUGCCUCAUGGCAAUGAGAAUGUAACCUUUUACCUCGGCUUUACGUAUGCUGGACUUUUUGCUUGUGAUAUCCAAGUGGAACGUUAAACUGAAAUAUUAACCCCGCCCCCCCCUCCAGUCUGGUUCUUGUCCUACUUUGGCAGGAGCUGCUGGAUUUAUUUUACUGGAAUACUUAUCAUGCAUUACUUUAUUUUCCUGUUAACAUAAGUUUGCAUUUUUCUUAAAGUCCAAAUAUUAUAUUAUUUCUAGCUUAAAAUUCUGACUUUUAAUACUUCAGAAGUGAUAAAGUUGAGGAACUUUUUAAAGUGGCUGUUUUAAAUCCGAAUGAUUCUCCACUGGGAUACCUGAUUUCAGGUUACAGUCUCGAUUAAAUGUCUGGGUUACAUUUGUAGCCUCUCCUGCAUUUUUUAAGUACCUUUCAGGUAGGUGAAUGGAGGGCAGGAAUUGAUGUCAUCCUCAAAUCAUCUAGACUGACCAAUGGCGAUCUCUUGGAUUGCAAGUGAACAUGGAGGAAAAACUAGAAAAAAUAAAUGAAUUAAGUAUAAUAAUUUUCUUAACAUUCAGCAACAGAAUAAUUAACCUGUACUUUACUAUGUUGGUGUAAUUAUUUUUCUUUGGGGCUUUAAAUCAUUUAUAUGUUAAUUUUACUCAUUUUGUUUUAGAAGAAGUAAUAAUGUGAUUAGAGAAAUACUUGUGGAUGCUGCAAGGAUUAAAUAAAAUAUUGAAUUCGUGCAGUGGUAGGAACAGAUUCUGUAAUUGAAAAUCAUGGCUAAAAGCAACAAUUAUCAUCAUUCUAAUAAUUGUUAAUGCUAUGUAAAUGAUAUAGUUAAGGGUAAACAGGUGGUGGGUAUUGAUUGAUUAGUUAGUUGUCUUUGAGCACGUAUAAAAAGGGACUGAUGGUGCAUCAUCACCCCCAGAAAUGAUGCUUUGAUUUGAUUUUAUAAGUUUCCUUUUGAAAUUUUGAUUUUUUGUUACACUACUCCUCCUGAGGCUGUCACCCCCUAUUGUUAGUUUAUUUUUGAUUAUUGGUUUUAUUGAAAAGAGACUAUAAAAAGGGACUGCUGGGGCACUGAGGGGAUUAGUAAGUAGAAGCCAGAGAUCUGUAAUGCUGCAUUCUGUGAAUAAACCUACUAUCAAGGACA